UUUCAAAUGUUCCAUUUUGAUGCUACAUACGUACCUACAUAGUAGCAUACAUAGUAGCAGGCAGAUUUCCUCGUCUAAGCCUGCCGUUCUCGGCGCCUACCUAUCACUUUCCCACGCUUUGUUCAUCACUGUCUUACGCAACCCCUGAUUUCCAUUCCUUUCCUUCUCUUCCCUCCUAAAUUACAUUCGUUUGCUAGGCAGUGCCCCUCCGCCUAUUAUUUCAUACGUUUUGUGAAGGAAAAUCCUCAUCUUCCAGCCGUAUGUCCAACUCAUACUAUUGGAGACAAUAGAGAAAGCAUAGAGCGAAGACAAAAAAAAGAGAAGAGUGCCUAUCGUAUCAAGCCUAUCUGCCUAGGUACAUGGUAGGUGGGCAGGCAUGUACCAAGGGGUUCGGCCACGAGUUAGACACGUCGUGGCGUUUGCUUGGGUCUUACAUUAGCGCGGGAACCGGCUGGUUGGUAAACCAGCCUUGGCUUCGACAAAUCGUGUGUUUUACGUGGCACAGCUUACAGCACCUUGCUUACCUGGACUCGUUGGGGUCUUAUUCUCAGUCUAUUGUAUCUUACUAAAUCCUGGGGAUCCCGACCUGGUGGUGUUCGUUCGCUCGUCCCUCUUCUUUUCUCUGGAUCGACUCGUUCGACCAAAAUGUUUGAGCAUUUUGGCCUUAACCAGAGGACUAGAUUGGACACUUCAUUGGACGAUGAUGAUGAUCCGCCGUCAUCUCCGAAGACCAAUUCAUGCCGAACUACUUCGGUGUCGCCCACGACAUCGCCAGCGGCCUUACACAUUGCGGAUGGCAGCCAUAUGGGAGAUCUCGUUCGUAAGAUGAGCAAACAGACGUUUAUACGAGAUUCACUCAAUGCACAACUCAGCCUGUCGUCAGUGCCUAUGGAGCCCGACGUAGAAACACAGGGCUCAACCAACCAAACUCUACCACAAAUGCGGACAUCGUCAUGUCCUGGGCCACAACUUGAUGAACCUAUUGCCGAAGCACACCUAAGCCAACCCGUCGAACCCAUAGUCGAGAAUCAUCUGAUACAAGAAUCAUGUCUACGACAACCGUCACAAAAAUCUUACGCAAUAAUAGAAAACCCACUUGACAAUUCGCCUAUUUUCAAUUCUGUUCCAAGGGCUAUCGAAUGGGGCAAAUCCCAAGGGAAAUCCGAAACACACCUUGGCGGCCCAGCAAAACCCCGUGCGCUGGAUUUAAUGACGAACAUGAUCGAGAACGGGAUACAAUGCAACAUACAUGCUGCAGGGCCCUCAACUGCUUCUAUGCCGACGUCUCAACCACCCAUCUCCGAUAAUUACGUGGACGCAUUAGUAUCCAAAGAUGACGAUCCUAUGGAUUUGGAGGUCGACAUGGACUACUGUACUCAAGACGGCGAGGCAGCCCCAAGCGAAGCUCUAACUUUGAGAGAUGCAGGAGCUCCGGCAGGUAUUAAGAAAUUUGGCUUUCUGAAAUAUCGAUCGUCCCUCGAGGCAGCCUCGCGAAGUAAUAAUAUGAAGAAGAAUGUACCGAGGAUGCGCAGGAGGGUGAAAACGACAAAACGACCGAACUCCGAGGUGCCUUCGAAUUCAAAUUCGACGGCUGUAUAAGUUCUAACUACGAGAACAUAAAGCUAUUGCUUCUUUCCUUUCUUCUUUUCUCUUCUCUUCACUUUUUUUUUUCUUCUUAUCGUGUUUGCACGAAAUUCUUUGUUUGGUUAAGACCUUUGUCACAUAUACCCAUGAGCGAGCGGCAGGCGUUUUGUUUUUCGUAUCACUAACUGGUCAUGACAAUGCUGGGAAUUGCAUCGCGUCAGGUCACUGAGAUUUUUAGGGGUAUUUUUGGACGACGUAUAUACCCUGUGUAUCUACUCACAGUGCGCUGACAGCAUUUGACUUGGCGUUAUAGGAACGGAACGGGUGCAUUGAAGAUCCAGAAUAUUUCUAAACGUGCAUGCAGGACAAGGGAUGAAUGGGGUUCGGGAGCUCGGGAAGAUUCAACUGAUAGAUAGGAAAUACGAUAUUUAGAGUCAUUUGGGAUGGAUGGCUCGGAUAGUCGUCGCAUCUCACUCAUACGCGAGGGGUUUCUCACCACUGCGUGAGGUAUGUCGAUGACUAAUAUGCCAGGCGGCCACCAUGUGCGUUAGCUAGGAGGCGCUUCAUAUUACUAUUGAAAAUCAUAGCUCCAAAGGAGCAUUUCUUCUGAUUCUGAGGAAAGCUCAUUUUUGGGCCUGGCUCCGAGUAGCUAUCCAGUCAAGCUUUUAACAAAGCCGUUCUCACUAGUGAAUUUUUGCAUUGUUUCCGGAAAUGUGCUCAUACAUGAGACAUCGAUGAGGUGAUGUAAAUUCGGCC